CUACCUUGUCGUUAUGGAUGUUACUCCGCGAUAAAAGUUCAUUUGAGAUCCUCGUAAAAACAAUAAUUACAGUAAUAUAGGACUUGUUGUUUUAAUGAUGCACUUUUUUACCUUCAGUUAGAAAAAUUAUAGAUUUUGAUUGGUGCUUAUUUAAGAUUUAAAAACGCUUGAAGAUUUCUUAAGUUUGACAUAUUCAUACGCGUCACCGGAAACGAACCGUUACUUGUGAAGUUGUGAAGGACGGGAUGUCUCCCGUUUGAUCAGUAGAUCAUAGAAUAGUAAUUUUAGGAUUUUAAUAGUAGUGCAUUUUUACGAUGGCGGACACAGAGCAGCCGGGUGAAAAGGAGUCCACCAAACCACCGAGUCCGAAACCUGAUCAAGAAGUAGCACCACCUUUGGUUUCAGUGAAGGGAGAUGAGAAGAAGAAACCUCCUGCAAAACAGGCAGCGCAACCCAAGGUUACGCAGCAGAAGAAAAAUGUCCUUAGCAGUGAGGCCAUGAAAGAGAUGCAGAAGCGGGCAAAGCAGAACCGCGAGGAGAGACAGAUGCAGUGUGAUGCCAGGCACCAGCACAUGUUUCAGCAACUGGCCAAUGCCCUUAAUCUGGAAGUCAGUGCCAUUGAAGACUUCCUCUUUGGUGAUGAGCGGUUUGAUAUGAUUGAACCAUUCUUCAAGGAGAAUGGAACAAGAAAGCUCAUCUUCUUCUACCAAGAUGCUGGGAAUGGCCAGAAAAAACUUUUCUUGACACCAGGGGAUGCAGAGGGGCUACAUGGUAUUUGUCUGUACUUCCUAAGAACAACACCAAAAGCAAUCACACCACAAAACAUUGCACAGGAGGUGAACUUUGGGAUGGUUGAUGCUACAGGAGGAAAGGUUCUCAACAGCAUGGAGAAGUACCUCUCAAAAAUCAUACUGCCUGCUCUCAAGUCUCUGGAAGCAUGGGGCACGAUCUCAACACCUUCUUCUGAGGAGAAUACAGAGAAGAAAAAUGCUCCCCAGGUAGAUGAAUUUCUGGAACAUCUGGAAAAUUUCAUCAGUAAUCUGCUGUCUGCUGUGGAUAAUAUGGAAGGGCAGGUAACUCUGGCAGAGAAUGGAAUUGGACAUGUGGUGGAUACAUUUGCUUCUCCCCAAGAUUACCAGGCAGCAGCUGCCAACACAGAGUACUUGGAGAAAUUUGAGAAUCUCCUUGGUACAUGGUCCAAGCAGAUUGAGCAGGUUCUGGCUGAAUCGGAGCAGAUGAGGAGAGAAGCAGACGAUAUCGGCCCCACAGCUGAGCUGGCUUACUGGAAGAGCAGAAUGGCCAAAUUCAACAACUUGCUGGAACAGAUGAAAAGUCCACGAUGUAAGGCAGUUGUUGGAGUUCUACAAGUUGCCAAAUCAAAAUCACUUCGCAGAUGGAAAGAACUGGAUGGUCAGAUCACAGACACAGCUAAUGAAGCUAAAGACAAUGUCAAGUACCUGUACACCUUGGACAAGUUCUUUGGACCUUUGGUCAAAUGCACACCUGCUACCAUGGUAGAACACAUUCCAAGUCUGAUGAAUGCUGUAAGAAUGAUUUACAGUAUCUCUCAGUAUUACAAUACUUCGGAGAGGAUGACCUCCCUCUUUGUCAAAGUCACCAAUCAAAUGAUCACCACCUGCAAAGCCUAUAUUAUGCAUGAUGUCAGCAAGAUCUGGGACAUACCAAGACCAGUUUUGCUGCAAAGACUGAAUGAAUGCAUUCAACUUAAUGAGGAAUACCAGAGGCAAUUCCAGAGAACCAAGGAAAAGCUCAGAGAGAAUCCAAAUGAGCGUCAGUUUGAGUUCAGUGAGAACUACAUCUUUGGUAAAUUUGACACUUUCUGUAAGCGUCUGGAGAGAAUAGCAGACAUGGUCAACACCAUGGAGAUGUUUUCUGGUCUGCACAUGGUCAAGAUUGAGGGGAUUGACACUAUUGCUGUGAAGUAUAAGACCAUUGUCGAAGCCACAAAGAAAAAGAAUUACAAUAUCCUGGACCACAGGAAAGCUGAGUUCGACAUUGAUUAUGUAGAGUUCCGCAGCCAGAUAGAUGCCCUGAGAGCAAACAUUCAGAAUUUCAUGGAUUCGUGGUUUUCUCGAUCUCUUACCACUGAAAAGGCAGUGGAGCUUUUGACAAAGUUUGAGAGCAUUGGAGGAGCAGAACUGGACAUGAAUGAGAAAUACAUGAGAGUACUGAUGAAUUAUGGGAAGGAUUUGGAAAGUAUCAGGAAAGCUUACCAGAAGUACAAAGCUGAACCGCUGAUCCCGAGAAACCUGCCACCGGUAGCUGGUCGGAUCGCCUGGUCAAGACAGCUGUACAGGAAAAUAGAGCAUCCUAUGAGAGUAUUCAAAACUAAGCCAGAAAUUUUGAAGCACCCAGAAGCCAAGAAAAUUGUGAGGAAUUACAACAAAAUGGCAGGAGUUCUGCUGGAAUAUGAGAUGCUGUAUCACAGAGGUUGGUGCAGGGCCGUAGAGGCCGCCAAGGGAGGACUAAAUGCUUCACUCCUCAUUCGUCACCCAGAGACUAGUGAAUUGCAUGUGAACUUUGACCCACAAGUUCUUGAGUUGAUUCAAGAGUCCAAAUGUCUGCAAGCCCUGAAACUAGAUGUACCAGAUACUGCAAAGGCCCUGAUUGUUAAGGAGGAGGAAAUCAAGAGUAACUCUGUAUCUUUGCGAGAAAUGUUGAUGGAGUACAAGAGAAUCAAAGAUGACAUCCCUGCUGUAUUACAGCCUCCGAUGAAACCUUUCUGUGAUAGAGUAGAGGAAGCUCUUCUUCCAGGAGUUACUGCCCUUACUUGGACAGCCUUAAAUGUGGAUACAUACAUUGAGACCAAUUACAAGGUUAUGGGUGAUCUGGAGAAACUCUCCAAGACAGUUAAGGACAUUUUGGACUGCCGUAUUGAGGCUGUUCUGCAGGAUAUGUCUGUCACAGCCCUCUGCGACCUCCCUGAGGAUGAGGCUGUCACCAUGGACAAGUUCCUGGAGCUCACGGCCACCGCUGUAGACAGCGCUUCCAAACAACUUGCCAAUCAAAGCCAGCUGGUGGAGAAGGCAGUGUAUGAGCUUGUAGACACCAUGAAGGGGAACCUUAAUGCCAAAGAGAAGGCUGCCCUGGAGGAGGGGGAGGGGUCUUCAGAGACUGACUGCUACUAUGCACUGCUGAACUACUUCACCCAGAGAAACACUGAGGCACUGGUUAAAUGUACACGACUGUCCCUUGAUGCGAUUAAGAGGAGACUUCAGAUCUUCAACAAGUACAGUAAGGAUGCAGACAAGAUGGAUUCCAAGCCACCACUGUUUCGGGCAGACAUUGUGCUGGCCAUUCCUAAUGUUGUGAUGAAGCCCAGCUUGGAGGAUCUCCAGUCUGCCCUGAAUAAGGCUGUUCAGUUGAUACUGAAGACAUCACAGGACAUUCCUCAGUGGGAACACCUCAUCUUCCAUCAGAAACAGCAGCAAAAGAUACCUGAGAGGCCUACACGGGGUGAUGGAAAGGAAAUGGAACAAUUGGCUGCUGACCAAGGUGAGGAGGCAAAGAUGAUGCCCAACUCCAUGAUCAAACCUUUACAUAAGAUCAUAGCGGAACACAAGGAUGUGACAAAGAUUGUCAUCCAGCUCAACUCCAUCAUCACUCAGAACAAAAUGGAGGCUCAGGAUGUGCUGGACAUUUUCACCAAAGACAGCCAUCUUUGGGACAAGGAACCAGAGGCAACAGUCAAGGAAUUUAUGACAACCAAUCCCAUUCUCACAGAGAUUGAAUCGCAAAUUCGAUAUUACCAGAGACUGGAAACAGAGAAAGAGGAGAUGCAGGCCAGCUACCGGGUAGGAGCUACUUUGCUGAGCACAGAUCCACUGAAACUGGCCCUGAUUACUGAGGCCAAGAACUGGAAAAUGGCUUAUGCUAAAGCCCUGAAUGAAAAAUGUGCUCAUGAGAUGGAUGAGAUGCUUGACUUUAUUGAAAGUCUCACCAAACGUCUGUCUCGACCUGUUAAAGACUUGGACGAUGUCCGAGCCCAUAUGGCUGCUCUUGCAGAAAUCCGAGAGGCAGAAAUCCGCAUUGACAUGACCAUUACCCCAAUGGAGGAAAGCUAUGCCAUGCUGAACAAGUACAACAUUUUCUUCAAUGAUGGCAAUGCUGAGCGAGUCGACACUUUGUCGUAUGGCUGGAAGAAGCUGAUUGCGCAAUCACAACAGGUCCAGAACCAUCUGCUGAAGAUCCAGCCAGAGUUUAAGGCGGACCUUUUGGCUGGUGUUGAACAAUUCAUUAAGGAUAAUGAUGCUUUUGUUGGUGACUAUGACUCCAAGGGUCCAAUGGAGGACGGCAUUCAUCCACGAGAGGCCUCAGAUCGACUGAACAUCUUCCAGGCCCACUUUGAUGAGUUAUGGAGAAAGUACACCACCUACUCCGGUGGCGAGGAGCUGUUUGGCCUAACGGUCACUCAGUAUCCAGAACUGCAGAGAAUCAGAAAGGAGUUGAACCUUCUGCAGAAACUCUACCAGCUGUACAAUAUUGUACUGGAGAACGUCAAUGGAUAUCAAGAUAUCCCAUGGCUGGAGAUAGAUAUUGAGAAAAUCAACAAUGAGUUGCUGGAUUUUGGCAACAAAUGCCGAAAACUACCAAAAGCUUUGAAGGAAUGGCAAGCUUAUGAAGAGCUGAAGAAAACUAUUGAUGACUUUAAUGAGACAUGUCCACUGUUGGAGAUGAUGGCCAACAAAGCCAUGAUGCCCCGUCACUGGGAACGCAUCGCACAGAUCACCGGCCACACGUUCGACGUGGAAGCAGACAACUUCCUUCUCAGAAAUCUCAUGGAAGCUCCACUUCUGCAAUACAAAGAAGACAUUGAGGAUGUAUGUAUCUCUGCUGUGAAGGAGAAGGACAUUGAAGCCAAACUUAAACAGGUUGUAAAUGACUGGAGUGCCCAGGACUUCCAGUUCACAAGCUUCAAGACUCGAGGGGAGCUUCUCCUUAAAGGCGACACAACCUCUGAGACUGUGGCCUUGAUGGAGGACAGCUUGAUGGUGCUUGGCUCUCUCCUGAGCAAUAGAUACAAUGCUCCAUUCAAACCCAAGAUCCAGGAAUGGGUCCAAAAACUUACUGGCACCACUGAGAUUAUAGAGAACUGGCUGGUGGUGCAGAAUCUGUGGAUCUACCUGGAGGCUGUCUUUGUGGGUGGUGACAUUGCCAAACAACUGCCUCAGGAAGCUAAACGCUUCAGCAACAUUGACAAAUCCUGGAUGAAGAUCAUGCAGAGAGCUCAUGAGAUUCCUAAUGUAGUGCAGUGUUGUGUUGGAGAUGACACUCUGAGUCAGCUCUUGCCCCACCUCCUGGAACAGCUGGAGAUUUGUCAGAAGUCCCUGACAGGCUACCUGGAAAAGAAACGUCUCGUCUUCCCCCGAUUUUUCUUUGUGUCUGACCCUGCCUUGCUGGAGAUUUUGGGUCAGGCCAGUGACUCUCACACCAUUCAGGCCCAUUUGUUAAGUGUGUUUGAUAACACCAAGACUGUGUCAUUUGAUGAGAAAGUUUAUGACAAGAUUCUAGCCAUAAAUUCGCAGGAGGGAGAGAAUGUUCCACUUGAGGAGCCUGUUUUAGCUCAGGGUAAUGUUGAGAUUUGGCUUGGAGACUUGCUCCGCAUCUCCAGAAAAUCGCUGCAUAGUAUCAUCAGAUCUGCCGCCAUCACUAUUGGAGAUCCCAGUUUCAAAUUGAUUGAGUUUGAAAACAUGUUCCCUUCACAGAUUGGUCUGCUGGGUAUCCAAAUGUUGUGGACUCGCGAUUCAGAGGACGCUUUAAACAAUGCACGAGUGGACAAAAAGAUAAUGCAAAACACGAACCAGAAAUUCUUGGACAUCCUUAAUGAGCUCAUUGCCAUGACAACCACUGAACUGACCAAAAUUGAGAGAACCAAAUAUGAGACUCUCAUUACUGUACAUGUUCAUCAGAAAGAUAUUUUUGAUGACUUGGUGAAGAUGCACAUCCGGUCACCGAAUGACUUUGAGUGGCUGAAGCAGUCCCGAUUUUACUUCAAGGAAGAUACAGACCAGUGUCUAAUCUCCAUAACGGAUGUAGACUUUACUUACAUGAAUGAGUUUCUGGGGUGCACUGAGCGUUUGGUCAUCACUCCUCUCACUGACAGAUGUUACAUUACCUUGGCCCAGGCUCUGGGUAUGUCGCUGGGAGGAGCCCCAGCUGGGCCUGCUGGAACAGGGAAAACAGAGACCACUAAAGACAUGGGUCGUUGUCUUGGUAAAUAUGUGGUCGUCUUUAACUGCUCUGAUCAGAUGGACUACAGAGGAUUGGGACGUAUCUACAAAGGUCUUGCCCAAUCUGGAUCCUGGGGCUGCUUUGACGAGUUUAACAGAAUUGAGUUGCCUGUGUUGUCGGUGGCUGCCCAGCAGAUUGCCAUUGUGUUGUUGUGUAAGAAAGAGAGGAAGAACCUGUUUAUCUUCACUGAUGGAGAUACUGUGGACAUGGACCCAGAGUUUGGUAUCUUCUUAACAAUGAAUCCAGGUUAUGCUGGCCGUCAGGAACUGCCAGAGAAUUUGAAGAUCAACUUCCGUACGGUUGCCAUGAUGGUUCCCGACAGAGCCAUUAUCAUCCGAGUCAAGUUAGCCAGCUGUGGUUUCAUGCAGAAUGUUAUUCUGGCAAAGAAAUUCUUCACCCUGUACAAACUUUGUGAAGAGCAGCUGACCAAACAGGUUCACUAUGAUUUUGGUCUCCGUAACAUUCUUUCCGUUUUGCGUACUUUGGGAGCAUUCAAGCGUGCAAAUCCUGAGGAUGCUGAAACAGUUAUUGUGAUGAGAGUGUUGCGUGACAUGAACUUGUCUAAGCUAGUAGAUGAAGAUGAGCCGUUGUUCAUGUCGCUCAUUGACGAUUUGUUUCCAGGAAUCACACUGGACAAGGCAGGGUACCCAGAAAUUGAGGCAGCCAUUGAGAAAAAUGUGCUUGAAGCUGGACUGAUAGUCCACGCCCCCUGGAUCCUAAAACUGAUUCAGUUGUUCGAAACUCAGCGUGUCAGGCACGGUAUGAUGACUCUGGGACCUACUGGAGCAGGGAAAACCAAGUGUAUCAACAUGUUAAUGAAGGCCAUGACAGAUUGUGGGGAACCCCAUAAAGAGAUGAGAAUGAAUCCCAAGGCUAUCUCAGCCCCACAGAUGUUUGGACGUCUGGAUGUGGCUACCAAUGAUUGGACGGAUGGAAUCUUCUCUACUCUGUGGAGAAGGACUCACAAAACCAAAAAGGGUGAACAUGUGUGGUUGCUAUUGGAUGGUCCGGUAGACGCUAUCUGGAUUGAGAACUUGAACUCUGUGUUGGAUGACAACAAGACCUUGACCUUGGCUAAUGGUGAUCGUAUUCCCAUGGCUCCAAAUUGUAAGAUCAUCUUUGAAGUGCACAACAUUGACAAUGCUUCUCCUGCCACUGUCUCUAGGAAUGGUAUGGUGUUCAUGUCGAGCUCCAUUCUGGACUGGGAACCCAUCCUCAGAGGGUGGUUGAACACUCGACCUGCCAAUCAACAAGACACCAUUUUCCAGACCUGUGAAGCCAUCUUUCCAAAACUGUACCUUGAAGUCAUUCAGAGAUAUGAGGCCAAAAUGCAAGUGCUGGAGUGUAUGUAUGUACGACAGCUCUGUGACCUGCUAGAGGGGCUGAUACCCUCAGGAGAGGAAGCUAAAGACAUUAAAGUACCCCAUCUCCAACGGAUAAUCGUCUUUGCUCACAUGUGGUCCCUGGGAGCUCUGUUAGAGUUGGAGGACAGGAAGAAGAUGGAGGAUUGGCUGAAAACGAAUGUCAGCAAUUUGCCCCUCCCUCCCUCUGAUGGGGAAGACACUAUCUUUGAGUACAUGGUGGGAGAGAGCGGAAAUUGGGAGCACUGGUCAGGACUGGUACCGGAGUAUGUCUACCCAUCAGAUUCGGUUCCAGAGUACACCAGUAUUCUGGUUCCCAAUGUUGACAAUGUCAGGACUGACUACCUCAUUGGAACCAUUUCAAAACAGAGCAAGGCAGUGUUGCUGAUUGGUGAACAGGGUACAGCAAAGACUGUGAUGGUACAGGGAUACUGCGGUAAAUUUGACCCAGAAUCCCAUGUGUUCAAGAGCUUCAACUUCUCCAGUGCUAGUACCCCAUUCAUGUUCCAGAGAACUAUUGAAAGUUAUGUAGACAAAAGGAUGGGAACCACAUACGGACCACCGGCAGGAAAAAAGAUGACGGUCUUUGUGGACGACAUCAACAUGCCUGUAAUUAACGAGUGGGGUGAUCAGGUGACCAAUGAGAUCACUCGUCAGAUGAUGGAGGCUAAAGGUUUCUACAAUCUGGAGAAGCCUGGAGAGUUUACCAAUAUCGUGGACAUCCAGAUGGUUGCUGCCAUGAUUCACCCAGGAGGAGGUCGUAAUGACAUCCCAUCCAGACUCAAGAGGCAUUUCAACAUCUUCAACUGCACCCUGCCAUCAAACAGUUCCAUUGACAAGAUCUUCAAAACCAUCGGCAAUGGAUAUUUCAUUCCGGGACGUGAAUUUCCUGAGGAAGUGUGUGAGAUGGUUAAUUCUCUUGUACCGUCAACAAGAAAAAUGUGGCAGCGUGUCAAGGUUAAGAUGUUGCCCACCCCUGCCAAGUUCCAUUACGUUUUCAACCUGCGUGAUCUGAGUCGCAUCUGGCAGGGCAUGCUGAACACCACCCCAGAAAUUAUCAACAAUGUCGGUAGAAUGAUGUCGCUUUGGAAGCACGAGUGCUACCGCACGAUCGUGGACAGAUUUGUUGACAUUUCAGACAAAGAGUGGUUUGAGAAGACCAUCAAGCAGGUAGCAGAGGAGGAGUGUGGUUCUGCAGCUGUAGCUGAUAUGGAGGCAGAGCCGUAUUUUGUUGACUUUAUGCGGGAGGCCCCUGAACCCACAGGUGAGGAGGCUGAUGAUGCGGACCUUGAGGCCCCUAAGAUUUACGAGCCUGUACCCAGCUUAGACCUUCUGGCUGAGCGUCUCAUCUCGUACCAGGAACAAUACAAUGAGAGCAUCCGAGGCUCAAAGAUGGAUCUUGUCUUCUUUAAGGAUGCCAUGACAAAUUUGGUGAAGAUUUCCCGAGUGAUUCGCACGCCUCGUGGCCACGCCCUCCUAGUGGGUGUGGGUGGGUCCGGUAAACAGAGCUUGACCAGACUAGCAUCAUUCAUUGCUGGAUACAAAAACUUUCAGAUCACCUUAUCCAGAUCUUACAAUGUGUCCAAUCUCUUGGAAGACUUGAAAUUCCUGUACAGAACAGCUGGGCAACAGGGCAAAGGGAUCACCUUCAUCUUCACAGACAAUGAAAUCAAAGAUGAGGGUUUCCUGGAAUACAUGAACAACAUCCUUUCUUCAGGAGAGGUGUCUGGACUGUUUGCAAGAGAUGAAAUGGAUGAGAUCUUACAAGAAUUGAUUGGAGAAAUGAAGAAAGAGUUUCCCCGCCGCCCACCUACGAAUGAAAACUUGUACGACUACUACUUGGCACGAUGUCGCCAGAACCUUCAUGUUGCCCUCUGCUUCUCUCCUGUUGGUGAGAAAUUCCGUAGCAGGUCUCUAAAGUUUCCGGGACUGAUCUCCGGCUGUACCAUGAACUGGUUCCAACGCUGGCCAAAAGAUGCCCUGAUAGCUGUAUCCAACCAUUUCCUGGCAGAGUACGACAUUUCCUGUACACCUGCGGUCAAAACUGCUGUUGUAGGAACAAUGGGCCUUUUCCAGGACCUGGUGGCAGAGAUGUGCAAUGAUUACUUCCAAAGGUUCCGUCGUCAGACGUACGUCACACCCAAAUCCUAUCUCUCUUUCAUUGCUGGUUACAAAACCAUCUACAGUGAAAAGAAAGGGGAGAUUGGGAUUUUGGCAGAGAGAAUGAACACUGGUUUGAAGAAACUUGUUGAGGCUACAGAAUCUGUGAAUGAACUGUCCAAGGAACUUGCUGUUAAGGAGAAGGAGUUAGCUGUGGCCUCCAAGAAGGCUGACCAAGUGUUAGCAGAAGUGACUGUCAGUGCCCAAGCUGCAGAAAAGGUCAAGGCAAAUGUGCAAGUGGUGAAGGACAAAGCUCAAGCAAUUGUGGACACAAUCUCUGUGGACAAAGCAGCUGCAGAAGAGAAACUGGAGGCAGCCAGGCCUGCCCUAGAAGAGGCUGAGCAUGCUUUGCAGACGAUCAAACCAGCUCACAUCUCCACUGUCAGGAAGCUAGGCAAACCACCACAUCUAAUUAUGAGGAUUAUGGACUGUGUCCUGUUACUCUUCCAGCGGCGUUUGGAGGCUGUCACAAUGGAUCCAGAGAGGCCAUGCCUCAAGCCAUCAUGGUCAGAUGCCUUGAAACUGAUGAGCAGUAGCACCUUCUUGAGUGGUCUGAUGUCAUUCAAUAAGGAUACCAUCAAUGAAGAGACGGUGGAGCUGUUACAGCCCUACCUAACCAUGGAGGACUACUCUCUGGAGACAGCUCAGAAAGUGUGUGGUGAUGUGGCCGGUCUUUGUGCCUGGACAAGAGCUAUGGCUUUCUUCUUUAGUAUCAACAAAGAAGUAUUGCCUCUAAAGGCAAACUUAGCGAUUCAAGAGGCUCGUCUGCAAUCUGCCAUGAAGGAUUUGAACAAUGCCCAGGCACAGCUGGAUGAGAAGAAUAAGGAAUUGGCAGCAGUGAUGGCAAUGUACGAUGCAGCCAUGAAAGAGAAGCAGGCAUUAGUGGAUGAUGCUGAGGCCUGCAGGAGGAAGAUGAACAAUGCCACUGCAUUGAUUCAAGGUUUGUCAGGGGAGAGAAUUCGUUGGACUGAGGCUAGUAAGGGAUUUGAGGCUCAGAUCCACAGACUGGUGGGUGAUGUCCUGCUCUGUACAGGCUUCCUGUCCUACACAGGCCCGUUCAAUCAGGAAUUCCGUAGCCUUAUUCUGAAGAGCUGGAAGAAGGAGAUGAUUGGCCAGAAAAUCCCCUUUAGUGAUGAUCUGAAUAUUGUUUCCAUGUUGGUGGACAAUGCCACAAUUUCAGAGUGGAAUCUGGAAGGAUUACCCAAUGAUGAACUGUCCAUCCAGAACGGUUUGAUUGUAACAAAAGCCUCUCGCUUUCCAUUGCUAAUUGAUCCUCAAGGACAAGGCAAAUCAUGGAUUAAGAAGAGAGAGGGCAAAAAUGAAUUGCAGGUGACCGCACUGAACCACAAGUACUUCCGUACCCACCUAGAGGACAGUCUGUCUCUAGGACGACCACUCAUCAUUGAGGAUGUUGGGGAAGAGCUGGACCCUGCCUUAGACAACGUACUGGAAAAGAACUUCAUCAAAUCAGGCUCAACAUUCAAGGUGAAAGUAGGAGACAAAGAGGUGGACGUGAUGAAUGGGUUCCGUCUGUACAUUACCACAAAAUUAGGUAACCCCACCUACACACCAGAGGUGUCUGCCCGUACCUCCAUUGUGGAUUUCACUGUCACAAUGAAAGGUCUUGAAGAUCAGUUGCUGGGAGUGGUCAUCUUGACUGAGAAACAGGAACUUGAGCAAGAAAGAGUAUCCCUCAUGGAAGAGGUAACAGCUAACAAGAGGAAGAUGCAGGAACUGGAAGACAACCUCCUAUACAGACUGACCUCCACGCAGGGCUCAUUGGUGGAAGAUGAGUCACUGAUUGAGGUGUUGCAGGUCACCAAGGCAACUGCUGAGGAUGUCAGUGAGAAACUCAAAGUGGCUGCAGAAACUGAGAUUAAAAUCAACUCCGCCCGUGAGGAGUUUAGACCUGUCUCCAACAGAGGAAGUAUCCUGUACUUUGUCAUUGUGGAGAUGAGCAUGGUGAACAAAAUGUACCAGACUUCCCUUAAACAGUUCCUGGAACUUUUCGACUUGUCCAUGGCCAAUUCCCAGAAGUCACCUAUCACCAGCAAGCGUAUCAACAAUAUCAUCGAGUAUCUGACCUUUGAAGUAUUCCGUUACACCGCAAGAGGUCUGUAUGAGAUAGACAAAUUCCUUUACACUACUCUGCUGACCUGUAAGCUGGAGCUGAAUCUUGGAAAGAUCCGAAUGGAUGAAUUCCAGACCUUCAUCAAAGGAGGUGCCGCUCUGGAUCUGAAUGCCGUAGAGCCCAAACCCAAGAAAUGGAUCUCAGACAUUACCUGGCUCAACUUGGUGGAGCUCAGCAAAUUGGGACAGUUCAGUCAAAUCUGUGGUCAGGUGGCCAGGAAUGAUAAGGCCUGGAAAAAUUGGUUUGAUGAAGAUGCUCCGGAGGAAUGCACCAUACCAGAUGGCUACACCACAACGUUGGAUACAUUCCGUAAACUGCUCCUGAUCCGAUCAUGGUGUCCUGACAGAACUGUGCCUAUGGCGAAAACGUACAUUGCAGAAGCUAUGGGUUCCAGGUUUGCUGAGGGGGUGAUUUUGAACUUGGAGGAACUGUGGAAGGAAUCCAAUAUAAAGACCCCCAUGGUUUGUUUCCUGUCCAUGGGGUCUGACCCCACAGAAAAUAUCAUGGCUCUGGCCAAGAAAAACAACAUCAAGUGUGGCUACAUCUCCAUGGGUCAAGGUCAGGAAGUCCAUGCUCGCAGGCUCAUCUCGGGAUCGAUGCAGGACGGUUCUUGGGUCCUCCUCCAAAACUGUCAUUUGGGUUUGGGCUUCAUGGAUGAAUGCCUGGAUUCAAUCAUUUCAGCUGAGAAUGUAAAUGAGAACUUUAGGAUAUGGAUGACUACAGAGGAACAUCCGAAAUUCCCCAUAAACCUCCUUCAGAGCUCUAUCAAGUUCACCAAUGAGCCUCCACAGGGUGUGAAAGCAGGUCUCAAAAGGACAUAUGCCCUUAUCACACAGGAGCAACUGGAGUACACAAACCUGCCCCAAUGGAAACCGAUGUUGUACGGCGUAGCGUUCCUGCACACCACGGUACAGGAGAGGAGGAAGUUCGGACCUAUCGGAUGGAACAUCCCCUAUGAGUUUAAUCAAGCUGACUUCACAUCCACCGUACAGUUUAUACAAAACCAUCUGGAUGACAUUGAUCCAAAGAAGGGUGUGUCUUGGAACACUGUCAGAUACAUGGCAGGAGAAGUACAGUAUGGAGGUCGUGUCACAGACGACUAUGACAAGAGACUUUUGAACACAUACUGUAAAGUGUGGUUCAGCGAGGCCAUGUUCUCAGAUAGCUUCCAGUUCUACACCGGUUACAAGAUCCCAAAAUGUAAGAAUUUGGACGAGUACCGGACCUACAUUGAGACCCUGCCCCUCAGAGACUCUCCAGAAUGCUUCGGUCUGCACUCGAAUGCUGACAUUACAUACCAGACCAACACUGCCACCACGAUGCUUGCCAACAUUGUGGACAUUCAGCCAAAGGAUGCCGGUGGCGGAGGCGGAGAGACCAGAGAGACAGUGGUGUACAGACUGGCAGACGACAUGCUGGAGAAACUGCCACAGGACUACAUUCCUCACGAGGUGAAAGACAGAUUGAGGAAGAUGGGCCAGCUUCAGCCAAUCAACAUCUUCCUUCGCCAAGAGAUUGACAGAAUGCAGAAGGUCAUCACACUGGUCCGUACCACUCUCAUGGACCUGAAACUGGCCAUUGAUGGAACCAUCAUCAUGAGUGAGAACCUCCGUGAUGCACUGGACAACAUGUUUGAUGCUCGUGUCCCCACCAACUGGAAGAAGAUUUCCUGGGAGUCUGCUACAUUGGGUUUCUGGUUUACAGACCUGUUGGAUCGAAACCAGCAGUUCUCUACUUGGCUGUUUGACGGUCGACCAACUUCCUUCUGGAUGACUGGCUUCUUUAACCCACAGGGUUUCCUGACCGCCAUGCGACAGGAGAUUACGAGAGCUCACAAAGGCUGGGCUCUGGAUGCUGUUGUGUUGGACAAUGACAUCACGAGGAUGAUGAAAGAGGACAUUCACACCCCACCUAACGAGGGUGUGUACAUUUUUGGCUUGUACCUGGAUGGUGCUGGAUGGGACCGCAGAAACUGCCGCCUGAUUGAGCCCACACCUAAGGUUCUCUACACCUCACUCCCAGUCGCACACGUCUUUGCCAUCAAUGUGGACAAACCAAGCAAGACUUCCAAUUUGUACGAGUGCCCAGUGUACAAGAAGCCCCGGCGUACCGAUUUGACAUACAUCUUCCCACUACAACUGAAGACCAACAAAAAUCCAGAUCACUGGAUCCUGCGUGGUGUUGCUCUGUUGUGCGACAUAAAAUAAACUGCAAUUCAUUCAGACUUGUGAUAAAACAUGCAACUCGGUGUUUUUUCUGUGUGGUGUUUUGCCAUUUCUAACUAACUUGAUAAAAUAUGUGAUGCAUGACAGUUUGAUAAGGACACCAGGUCACUAAACCCGUGUCAUUUUCUGUUUUCUACAAAGCAUUACGAUGAUUGUGAUAUAAGCCCAGUUAAGUUCCUCAAGAUGUGAUUUGUAUACCAGUAUUUAUAUUUAAAUCUAUUAUUCCGUCCAGUUAUUUUUCUAACCAGAACAGUAUUUUUGUAUGAUUAUUUUUGGUGUGUUCUAUUUUAUAUUUCUCCUUGUUUCCACUGUGACAGUAAUAUUACACAUUUAUUCAUGACUUACCCAAACAAGCACAAAAUUGUACUCUUAAACAUUUAAUAUUCAAUUUUUUAUUUAUUUACUCCAUUUGUUGUUAUACAUGCACCAAGAAUUGUUGUUUUGUUACAUGUUUACAAUAUAUUAUGAAGAAAAUUUAAAUUUUGUGUUGAUUUGAAAUAAUAAAAUAUAACAUGCAA